GAGAAGGGGUGCUAUUUUGGGCAGUGUGUCUGCACUUGGCUCGAGUGACAAGGGCCAAACCCCUGCUCCACUGACCUCUUCCCUGGAGGAGCAGAGCAGAGUAGCACUCAGGUUGCCUUGAGGAGGGCUGAGAGGCGGGCUCUGGCCGGGCACAUAGGGACCGCAGAGCCCUAGCAGAGGCUGCAGCCAGAGCCCGAGACGGUCAUGGAGGAAGCUGUCCAGGGGCUGCUGUGACUGAGAGGCCCCAAGGCAGGCAACUGGGAGCAUAAGGCCCUUCAGCAGACAUCUAAAAAUCUCAAAGACAACAUGACUCACUCAGACAGGAAGAGGCGGUCCACCCGCAUGUCCAAGGUGGUCUCUACACCUACAGCAACAAAGAUGAAAGUCAUAUGGCAGAAUGAGAAUGUUCGAGAGUUCCUGGCAGAGUUCAUCAGCACAUAUGUCAUGAUGGUGUUUGGUCUCGGUGCUGUGGCCCACAUGGUUCUAGGAGGUAAAAUGGGGAGCUACCUCGCUGUCAAUUUGGGUUUUGGCUUUGGAGUCACCAUAGGAAUACACAUGGCGGGGAACAUCUCUGGGGCCCACAUGAAUGCGGCCGUGACCUUCACCAGCUGUGCACUAGGCCGCAUGUCCUGGAAGAAGUUUCCUGUGUAUGUUCUGGGUCAGUUCCUGGGCUCCUUCGUGGCAGCGGCCACCAUCUACAGCCUCUUCUACACCGCUAUUAUCGACUUCUCGGGGGGAAAGCUGAUGGCGACUGGCCCCACAGCCACUGCUAACAUUUUUGCCACCUACCUUCCUGACCACAUGACACUGUGGAGGGGCUUCCUGGAUGAGGUGGUGGUGACUGGGAUGCUUCAGCUAUGUCUCUUAGCCAUCACAGACAAGGGGAACAACCCAACACUGUUGGGGACACAGGCCAUUGUGACCGGCAUCCUUAUUGUCAUCAUCGGAGUAUCCCUGGGCAUGAACUCGGGAUAUGCCAUCAACCCAUCCCGGGACCUGCCUCCCCGCUUCUUCACCUUCCUCGCUGGCUGGGGCUCACAGGUCUUCAGAACCAAGGACUGGUGGUGGGUGCCGGUGGUGGCACCACCCCUGGGUGCCUACUGUGGUGCCAUCAUCUACUUGUUCUUCAUUGGCUCCAACAAGCCAGAGGAGCCGCAAGUCCUGGAGAAUCCCUCGACGAUUGAAGACCACAGAGUAUCUGUGUUGCCCAAGACCGUGUCUCACCAGCACGGGGUCGCUUCCCUCACCCCUGUCUCUGUGUACCCCGAAGAUAGAUCCUCAGUCUUGUACCACCCUUAAGUGACUCCAUCUGCCUAGAGCCCCUCUAAGACUAUUUGUGACCCUGCAUCCACCCCAAUAAAGAAAGCCUUGUCCCACAGUGGCAACCCCGCUUCUUGGGGGCCUCCUGUGGUGGGGCUUACCUCCUGGGUUCUCUCAGAAGCUCCCAGGUUAUGCUAUAGCCCAAGGCUGGGCAGGAGCUGAGGGGCCUCCAACUCCUGCCAGCCCUGGGAGCUGGGUGGCCCCCAGGGGAGUGAGUGGAAGGGCCGGUCAGUGGCCUCAGUAAAGACAGGACUAGAUUAGGGGAGUCCGGACACAGAAGGGUGGGCUGCCAGGCACAGGGCAGGGAGGAGAUGGCAUGGGGGGGGUGGAUUCCAGCUGGCAGAUGGGGGGGGUCAGCCCUGGAGGAACCUUGAGCUGCCCUGGGAGAAGACUCUGGACUCUCCUUCAGUCCUGGCCAGUCCUUGGACCAGGCAAGGCAAGGCCCCAGUGUGUGGAUCAGAGUUUCUCAACCUUUUUUUUUCUCUUAGUCUCCCCUCCUCAGGAGACUUUUAGGCAUUUUUCCCCCUUACUUGCAUGAUAUUUUAAUACCACAGAUAUACUGUAUAUCUGUUUGUGUACUGUACAUAUAUCUUUGCUUUAUACAAAAAAAGUAAGAUUUUAAAAAAUC